CUGAAAUCAAUUCUCGUGCACCAUUUUUAUUUUCUGGUUUUAUAUCCUUGUCGAACUAAGGUGUAUGACAGCGUGACAUCCAACGUCCAUGUACGCUAUGUGUUAGAGCUGGUGCCGACUGCAUUGCUCCCGGGGAGGGAAAUUGGAGGACUUAUGUACUUCCCGAAUACGAGCGGCCAGUGAAACGGGCUCGGUUGGAGGGUGCUGAUGGUUCUGUUGCUGGGGUUUCGGCAGUGUCGCUGGAGAGUCAGACUGGGAGUUUUGUGGAUUUGGAAUCGAUGGCUAAAGAUCGAUCUAAUUUGGGUGAAUCUGGAGAAAGGAAUGCCUCACUUGAUGCUGUGGAUGAGAAGGAUAACGAUGAGGAUGAUGAUGGAAUAAAGGACGUUCCUCAAACAGCCGGCAGCGGUGCCCAGCGGCUGGGUCGUUCAAGUUCUACUAUAUCCCCUGUAGACGGACGGAGCCAUCACCAUUCUACUGCGGAAAAUCUAGGGUUCAUCAGCACUUUCCCCAUCGUCAUUGCGAUUGGACUUCAAUAUGCUGGUGCGCAUCUCGCCGCUAUCCGCGAGAGAUUGCUGGAUAUCAUGGCCCUCGGAACGUUGGAAGCAGCACAGACCUGUGUUUUAUUGGGGACAUACUAUCUAUUCCAUGGCGAUCCGGGACUCGCAUGGCCCGUCUGCGGCUGCGCUCUUCGCAUCGCGCAGGCACUGCAUCUCCAUCGAAAGCUGCGGCUUCUAAGCACGGAUAAUGAACGACCAUCAAUGGCAUGGCGGAACGAAAACGAGACCCGCAAGCAAUGCCGGUGGGCUAUUUACGAGAUUGAGACCUUUUGCUCCAUGUCCUGUUGA